AUGCGCAGACACGCCAAGGACUUCUGCGAAGCCAUCCGGGCGGGAAAGCAAUUCAGGAUACCGGAUCGGGAGCGCGAAGAUUGGAUGCCUCCGGGACGUCCCACAGACGAAUUGUUUUGCUUCCAGCGAAACGCACGCAAGGACUGUGGGAAGGGCCCCUAA